AUGGCCGAAUUCCGAGUAAAUCAUAAGCAAUCAAGAAAGAAGAAGAAAAAGAAGCCCCUCAAAUCUCUAAUAGCAAUAAUAAAAAUCGGAAUCUUAGCGGCCAUAGCGGUGGGUAAAAUCACCCUUCUGAUAAAAAUUUUCGAGGCUGCCCUUAAAUUUAAGUUCCUCCUUGUGUCAGCUGGAGGUUUUCUGAUUAACUUGGUCAAGUUCUGGUUUGACAUGAGGUCAAAGAAGCACGACGAUCACGAAAAUAUUGUUUUCAAGAACCCUUACGAACACUCAGGGGAUUGGAGUGGUGGACCUGGCGAAUACAACGCUAGGGCGUACGAUAUUCGGAAAGAGUACGGCCAGAAUUUGGCCUACAAGGGACAGAAACCGCAAUAA